AAUGCGUGAGAAACUUCCCGGACAGCCCGCAGGCUGUGUGUAGGAGAACGCUUUCUGAGGGACCGUGGCGUGUGUGGAUGUUUGUGUGAGGGUUUUAGUUCGUGACUCACUUGUCCGGAAAAGUGCGUGAGUGGCCGGUCAGCAUCAAGUUAAAACUGGUAGCCUAUUCCGUGAGCUGCAGGUAUCUUGUUUCCGUCGCCCUGGAAUGCUGUGCUGCUGAUGCCAUAUUAGAAAAGGAGCAGGUGCGUCGAGAGGAUUGUUCUCGAUCAAGAGAAAAGCGAUACAUUGGAUGUUGAAUCAGCUGCUCUACGCCCGCGGUAGCGUCAGACCCUGACAACCCCAGCGCAGUGACAGGGGCUGGCGAACGAACGCUCAUUCCGGUGAGAUAAACUUGAAUCGCCGCUUGGGUAGCCUAAUCGGCGUUCCUCGUGUGGAACUGUUGAGCACCAGGUGUUUGUUCGUGGUUUCUCUGUGUCUUCCUUAUUAUAAAUCUAUGGAUAUUUCUUUGCUAUCGAAAUCGUGGAAAUUUCAUUGCUAGCCUACUGACGUGUAUUGACGUGCAGCUGGCUUGGUGUCAGCUAUCUAUUGCUCCUGCAUGCGUCUGCUUCACGCGGCUUGACACGCACUGUCUUUGCUUGAGAGAGGUCUGUACUCUAUCUCAACAGCCGCAGCCGACCUUGACGCUCCGCUGACCGCUCCGAGGAGCUGGACGAUGAGGGUGAUCUCCGCGCCGCUUCCUGCGGGCUGCUGACCAAGAGAUGUUAACCGAACUCAGCGCGCGCAUUGCCUUUCCGUCCGUCCCGGCAGCAGGAUCGUGUCCUGAAACCGGAGAGAAACUGCUCGUCCACAAACGCGAAUAUUUCGCCGACAUCCUUUAGGUUGUAAAGGAGGUGAAAAGCCAACACCGACGGUCAUGUCUAAAACACUGAAGAAAAAGAAGCACUGGUCGGCGAGAGUGCAGGAGUGCGCGCUCUCAUGGGGUAGCGCUGGGGAGCUGGCCUCCUUCGUGGAGGUGCGAGGGGGAGCCGAGCGAGGGGAAUUUCCUUAUCUCGGAACUGUGCUGGCGGAUGCGAUGGUUUGCCAUGUCGGCAGAUUCCCGAGCCCUGGAGAUGUGCUGCUGGAGGUCAACGGCACUCCCGUCAGCGGACUGACUAAUCGGGACACCAUUGCUGUGAUCCGCCACUUUCGAGAGCCUGUUCGACUUAAGACUGUGAAACCCGGUAAAGUUCUGAACACUGACCUGCGCCACUACUUGAGUCUGCAGUUCCAAAAAGGCUCCUUGGACCACAAGCUGCAGCAAGUCAUCAGAGACAAUCUGUACCUGCGCACGAUACCAUGUACCACCAGGCAGCCAAGGGAGGGGGAGGUGGCUGGGGUGGACUAUAACUUCAUCAGCGUGGAGGAGUUCCGUAUCCUGGAGGAGAGUGGGCAGCUCCUGGAAAGUGGCACAUAUGAUGGGAACUACUACGGCACCCCUAAGCCGGCGCUGGAGGUGGCGGGGGAGGGGGAGGCGGAGUACGGCGGGCUGUUCGAGGAGGACUUCGGGGAGGGCCAGCGCCGCAGGACGGCCUCCGUCAGCAGGAUCGAGCGCAGCAGCUCCGCCCCCGAGGAGGACGACGACGACGAGCUGCAGCCGGCCGUGCCCAACGGCCUCACAGUGCCCGAGGAUGGCGGAGGGAGCGGCCGGCGACCGGUGCCCAGCUACACGCACCCCCGCAACGCGCUGGAGGCGGAGCCCAGCCUGGAGCCGCUGCCAAGCAACUGGGAGAUGGCCUACACCGAGACGGGCAUGGUCUACUUCAUCGAUCACAACACCAAGACCACGACCUGGCUUGAUCCCCGACAGGCUAAGAAAGCCAAACCUCCCGAGAAGUGUGAGGAUGGAGAGCUGCCGUACGGAUGGGAGCGGAUAGAGGAUCCGCAGUAUGGAGUCUACUAUGUGGAUCACAUCAAUCAGAGGACUCAGUUUGAAAACCCCGUGGUGGAGGCCAAGAAGAGGCUGGCCCAGGAAGUGGCCACAGCCGGACAACCCAGCCAGAACCCAGCAGAGUGUGUGUGUGGUGGCGGUGGGUUCACGCGUGACCCCGGGGCCCUGCGGGGGGCACUGUUGAGGGCUGGCCUGAGGAAGAGCGCCGGGGGCUUCGGCUUCACCAUCAUCGGGGGCGACCGGCCCGAUGAGUUCCUCCAGGUCAAGAACGUCCUCAAUGACGGCCCGGCCCAGUACAGCGACAUAGCACCCGGCGAUGUGAUCGUGGAGGUGGACGACCACUGUGUGCUGGGCAAGACCCACGCCGAGGUGGUGCAGCUCUUCCAGGCCGUGCCCGUGGGCCAGCAGACCGACCUGCUGCUGUGCCGCGGCUACCCGCUGCCCGACGACUCCGCCUCCAGCCAGGAGGGCACGGCCAGCGUUGGCGGCGGCGGUGUCGGGCUCCUGGGCGAGGCCAUGCCCAUCCUCCUGCCCACCGCCGACGGGCAGAUGCUGCCGGCCGACGCGCUGGUGUCCUCGCCGGACGGAGGGGGGUUGGAGAGCACGCUGCUCCAGCCGCAGCUGGUGGAGGUGGCGCUGCAGAAGGGGCCGGGGGGGUUCGGCUUCGCCAUCGCCGACAGCCCGCUGGGCCAGAAGGUGAAGAUGAUCCUGGACGCGCAGAGCUGCCGCGGCCUGCUCAAGGGCGACGUGCUCAAGGAGAUCAACCGCCGCAACGUGCAGACGCUCAGCCACACGCAGGUGGUGGACCUGCUCAAGGAGCUGCCCAUAGGGGGCGCCGCCACGCUGCUGGUGCUCCGCGGAGGUCACACGUCUCCUGUGAAGUCUCUCAAGCCGAGCGCCAUGGCCUCUCACCACAAGCAUGAGAAACAGGAGAAGCUAGAGAAGCAGGAUAGGAGCCCCAGUCCAGAGGUCAUGACCCCUACGGAGCCAACACCACCACCACCACCCCCCCAGUCCCUCCCCUUCCCCCCUAACUUGAUUCGCUCUGCCUCUCCUAAGCUGGACCCUUCCCAGCUCUACCUCAAGUCCAAAGCCAUGCUGGAGAAUAAGCCUCCAAACACGAAGGAACUGGACGUGUUUAUCAAGCGGGACCAGGAGUCAGGCUUUGGCUUCCGGGUCCUGGGGGGAGAGGGACCGGAGCAGCCCGUGUACAUCGGUGCGAUCGUGCCCCUGGGGGCGGCGGAGCGGGACGGGCGUUUGCGGGCGGGGGACGAGCUCAUCUGCAUCGACGGCGCGCCCGUUACCGGCUGCUCUCACAAGCAGGUGCUGGACCUGAUGACCAACGCCGCCCGCAACGGCCAGGUCAUGCUCACCGUGCGCCGCAAACUCACCUACCUGGAUGAGGAAGAGGACGAGGCAGGCCUGGCUCUGUCCGGCGCGGUCCUGCCCCACAUGGCCGCCCAGGCCUACAACGUCACGCUGCAGCGCAAGGACAACGAGGGCUUCGGCUUCGUCAUCCUCACCUCGAAGAGCAAACCUCCACCUGGAGUGAUCCCUCAUAAGAUUGGACGUAUCAUUGAAGGCAGUCCGACAGACCGCUGUGGUCAGCUGAAGGUGGGAGAUCGUAUCUCAGCUGUCAACGGCCAGUCCAUCAUGGAGCUCUCGCACAAUGAUAUCGUCCUGCUCAUCAAAGAGGCGGGAACCGUCGUCACCCUGACAGUGGUGCCCGAAGAAGAACACAAUGGGCCAGUAUCGGGUACCAGCUCAGCCAAGGAGAGUCCAGCAGCACAACACAAAGCAAUGGGUCAGCAACCAGCCAGAGACGACAGGAAUGGAGAGGACAUGUCCUUGGUUGGAACCCUGGAUGGCUCCGCACAGGGCUGUUUCCCUGUGGAGCUGCGGCGAGGUCCCCGGGGCUUUGGCUUCAGCCUGAGAGGCGGUCAGGAGUACAACAUGGGCCUCUACAUCCUGCGCCUGGCCGAGGACGGACCUGCCCUCAGAGACGGACGUAUACACGUGGGAGAUCAGAUCGUGGAGAUUAAUGGGGAGCCCACCCAGGGCAUCACCCAUACGCGGGCCAUAGAGCUCAUCCAGGCGGGCGGCUCCAGGGUCCUGCUACUGCUGAGGCCAGGCCUGGGCCUCGUCCCCGACUCCAGUGUGAAAGAGAUGGUGGCCCCUUCGUCUUCUGACCUCCAGCGCAACCCAGCCAGCAGUGACCCCCACGAGCAUGCCGCCGCCUCUUCCCCCCACGCCACCGCCGACGACCCCCCGCCGACGCACUCCGACCGCCCGGUCAACGCCAACGCCGAGUCCGGCCUCCGCGCCUCCCCCGAGCGCUCCGGGAGAGGGGGGGAGCGCUCACGCAGCCCCCGCAAGAAAGACCGCACCUCGUCCAGCUCCAGUGCCGUCGUCACCGCCACCGCAACGGCGCCGGCGCAGACGACGGACCGAAGGGCUGCUCCAGCCCAGCGCUCCACCAGCCCCCGGAAGAGCUCCUCUCGUCGGGAGCAGGAGGCGCCGAGACCGGAGGAGGCGCCGGCGGCGGCGAGGGAGAGGAGGCGCCGGGGAGACGACCAGAAGCCCGACCACCGGCACGACCGAGAGACCGGCGAGGUCCAGCCAUCGGACGCAGCCAAGGGAACCGGCGAGCGGCGCCGCAGGGACAAGGCCGGCCAGACGCACACACACAAGGAGCCGGCCGCGCUGGACUCCGAUGGCGGCGGCACGCUCGGCCGAAAGACUCACCGAGACCGAGAGGCCACCAGAGAGAGGGAGAGGGACCGGCCGAGGGAGAGAGAGAGAGAGGGAGCAAGGGACGGCGAGAGGAGAGAGAGAGAGAGGGAGGGCAAAGGGAGGGAGGGGAGGGACGGCAAGCCCCGUGCAGGGGCGGAGACCGAGGAGAGCCGGAGAGAGGCCAGAGGCUCCAACAGUAGCCUUGCGACGGAUCCCUCGGGCCGGGAUAGGAAAGCCCCCAUCACCCCGGGGCCCUGGAAGGUCCCCAGCUCCUCCAGGAUCCAUUCCCAGGUAGACGGACUCUAGAGCACGGCCCUUUAGAGAGGCUGCCACAGAGGUGGACCUUAGAGCAGUGGAGGAUCUGGGGUCACUCUGUCAGGGUCUUCGUGGUGAGGGGACAUCCUUUCUGUCAGUUGGACCUCUAGGCUGUAUCCGUCCCCCCCGUAGAUUUGAAUGUCCAGACGAUCAGGACGUUGCGGUCCGGUCGGGGCCUGGGCUUGACACUGCCACCCGCAUGAAGGAUUUCUUGUGCCAAACCCACACUCACACCAGAAGGACUCUUGUACUGCUCUCCUUAUGACUCUCUCUCUCUCUCGCUCUUUCUCUUUCUCUCUUUCUGAGAAGGAACAAACAAUAACACUAACUCUUCUUUCGGGACUCUGGCGUUACGGCUCACCCCAGUCCUGACAAAUGAAGGUAGUUGGGCCCUCGCUGCGGCGCGGGGCUGUGACUCACGACCAGGACUGUCUUUCCCCCCUCGGCUCCUAAGCAGGGGGGGCCCAAACCCCCCCAUGACCCACCACAUGUAGACCACUUCUCCGCCUCAGCUCCGGAGACAGUCUCCAGACUCCUCCAGGCUGACGCCAACCUAACUAUCUCUGAAGACCAGACACUUGUGCUCGAGCAUCAUUGUUUACUUACGUGUGUGUUUAUGAAAGAAAAUGUGUAAUUUAUGGAGGUAAUAUAACAAAAUGUAAUAUAUCGCUCUAUCUCCCUAUCUCUCUCUCUCUAUAUAUAUAAAUAUAUAUAAAUAUAUAUAUAUAUAUAAAUCUAUAUUCCUGUCCAUAGCCUACUGAGCCAUGACACACAAUGCUUUAAAUGCCCCGGAGCUCUGACCAGAGCCUCUUCCUUCCUUCAGGUUUACUCCGAGCGCUGGCCUCUGGGGCAGCUCACCCGACGUGUUCCACUGGCUUGCAGGUUCGACUGACCAGAGGAGUGUAGCUUUAUUUGUAUGUUGACUAUAUUUGUACCACUGGGGGUGGGGGUGGGGGUGAAAAGGGGGGCUUUAACGUGUUCUCUGGACGUAGACACAACAAGGAAUUGACUGUCAAAAAUAAAAGUGUGGUUGCAUCAAUCAUGGGGUCGGUGGAAAGGGUUUUGUCAUGUUUUGAGACGAUUCUUUUUUUCUGUUUUUGUUUCUAAUCCAGUCAGUUAUGUGUGUGUGUGUGUGUAUGUGUGGGUGGGUGUGAAUGUAUGUGUGUGAGUCUGUGUGUGUGUUUGUGUGUGUGUGUGUGUGUGUGUGUGUGUGUGUAUGUGCACGUGCUUCAUGAUUUUUAAUUGUGCAUGUUUAGGUGUAUUGCACAUUUGCUUUUAGUCUUUAGCCAGCAUUAGUUUCAAAUAUAGGAUGCUGUGAAAUCGAUUCGUGUUCGGAGUGCGCUUUGGAGGGGCAUGUUGGUGAGGGGCGGGCGUUCCUCAUGGGUUAUGCAUGUGAAUGAAGCUUCAGGUUUCUCCUUCAAACAAGCAACGCAACACUGACACAGUGUAUAGCAUAAACUGACCUGACUUGACCUGAUGUUUGUGACGGUCAUCAUGCUCAGUGUCAGCUAUCAAACAUUCUACAGUAUUUCCAACAUGUCUGAAUAAUAUGCUACCAUAAUAACCAUUCCCAAGAAGUGUCUCUCCCUUGUUGGAGCAGCAAUCGCUUAUCUACAGUACAUCCAACCCCCUAGGCUGCCCUCUGCUGCUCAGCAGUAAUACUGCAUGUCAGUUUGACAAAUUAUGGUUUCCGAGAGGAGAGGUGUGCCUCUCAAGUUAAGGGGGCAACAUAUAUCACUGGAAUUAGACAUUCCCUCUAGGUUUUUAACAGUACCAAAGGUUGCGUAACGGUCCCCGCUCAUUAGGGGAGAAACGGACAGAUUUUCAUGGAAACCGGAGGCUAUUUUUCUUACAUAGGCUAUCAAGACGAAGGUUACUUGCUGUCUACAUUGUAUAUUCAGUCCGGUGAACUCUUGCCUCGAUUAUUCCUGUGACUUUACAGUGCAGCCUGCCUACUCAUCCUGUUGUGUUACUGCAGUGUAUUUUCAGUGCCGUCUCAUGGUAGGCGUGUGUGUGGGUGUGUGUUUAUACUGUGGCCUUGCAUCGCUUUGACGGAUAAACCUGCCUCUCCGUCUGUACAUGACGCGGUGGUUGUAAAUGUUCAUUGAAGUGUACAGCACCUGUAUGAAUACUGGCCUUCACUCAGUAAAAGACUAUAGGCUAAUGUGUACAUAAGUCGCUCCAUUAUUUUUGUAAAUUAUAAGGAAGAUGAUUUAUCUACUUUAGUGAAGAGAGUGAUACAUACUGAUGUGUAAACUAGUGUCCAUGACAUCAUGCUGAUGCUCCAAUAAAUAAAGUUUUAGAAAAAAAA